AUCGAAUCCAUCUAGCAAAAAAUUAUUCAAUCGCAAUUCAGCUUAAAAUCCAGAAAAAACCCGUAACGAAACUAAAAUGAAAUUCAUCAUUGCUUUCGCUGCUUUUUUGGCCGUUGCUGCCGCCGUUCCAACGCAUAUGGCUCCAGCCAUGCAUAUGAUGGCUCCAGCCAUGCACAUGAUGGCUCCAGCCGCUGUCACCUAUCAAUCAACGCAUCGAAGUUUGAUUCCAGUUAAAACCAUGGUCCAUUCAACGAUGCACGCUGCACCAAUGAUGCACGCUGCUCCAAUGAUGCACGCUGCCCCAAUGAUGCACGCUGCCCCGAUGAUGCACGCUGCCCCAAUGAUGCAUGGUGCUCCAAUGAUGCAUGGUGCUCCAAUGAUGCAUGGUGCUCCAAUGAUGCAUGGUGCCAUGUACGGUCAUGCUCCAGCUGCCUACACUUAUCAGACACAAAAAUCUGCGCUCGUGCCAAUCGGAACGCAUGUAUCCACUUCGGUUUCACAUGGAGCUCCAGUGAUCGCAGCUGCUCCUAUUCCUGUUGCCCAUGGUUAUAAUUAUGCUGCUCCAGUGGCUGCUGCUUCCUUGGGCUACGGAUAUGGUAAAAUUCUUGGUGCUGCUCCAUUGGCUAUUGGCCACGGCUAUGCUCCAUUGGGCUAUGGUGCCCCAUUGGCUUAUGGCUAUGGUCAUUAAAUAAUAUAAAUCAAAUCAUUCUAUAUUAAUCUUCAAGUCAUACAUUUGUACAAAUAAAAAAAUAACUCAAAUAAA